AUGGACAACGGACUUUUGACAUUCAACCUGCGUGUCCCCGUGGGACUCCAGGUGGUCUCGCAUUUGGUCAAUGAGAACACCAUUCUCGAGCAGUUCCUCCUCAUUCUGAGCUCUACACUCAGUGGAUGCAAGUAUGAGAGAUAUCGCAAAGAUAUUGAAGGAUUCACCAAUGGUCCCCUUGCUCAACUCGGUCGCAUGGAACUACAGAGCGCUCUUACUCUGUUCGCCAGCAAGAUCGCUGAUCACAUUCUGUCGGACUUUGUGCCUGAACUGGCGGCACUGACUGGACAGAGUAUUCAAAGCGUCAACAUGCCGGUCAUUGAUAACGUGGGCAAAGUCAGCACUGCACCAUCCGACGAUACCCCCGAGGACAUCCCCGUCCCUGCCGAACCUGAGCCUGAGCCUGAAGCGCCUGCCCCCGAAGUCGAGACGAAGAAGCAGCUCAGCGAAUUCGCCAGCAAGAAUCUGGCUGGAUUCCCUCAAUUCUCCGAGGAGAAGAUCCAGACAAUUACCGACUUGGCGGCGGCAAAUAUCCAGAGUAUCGCGGCCAAGUCUGGCAUCCCCCCCGAGGAGAUUCCCAAGGCGGCCCAGUUGGCCUUUUAUGACUUUCAAAUUCUCUACGAUGACAGCGGCUCCAUGAACUCGGAAGACUCCCGCAUCCCCACGACUCAAGAGACCGUCAAGGGUCUAUACAAGGCCGCCAAGACACUCAACCCGGACAACAAAUUCUCCAUCCGCUCCUUCGAAGGAUCCGAAUUUGACAAUGUCGCCUCCGAGACCGAACUCGACGACAUCGUCUCGUCCAUGACCUUUGAUACCGGUGCAAAUGUGGCCAAACCACUCAGGAAAAAGAUCCUGGAACCCCUGGCAACCGCAGCCAUGGAGAAUAGACUCAACCCCACGAUUGUGGUUAUCAUCACCGAUGGAGAUCUCGGAAGCACCGUCCCCGAAUUUACCGCCCAAGUCACCAAAUUCAAGUCUCAGCUCGACGGCGCAAAGAACACCGGCCCAGCCGUUCUCUUCUGUCUCUGCCGCGUGGGCAACGACGAGUCGGCGGCACGAUCGCUCAAGGAACUCAACUCGGAGGCUGGGACCAAAGAUCUUAUCUUCUACGGCGAAGAUCCUAUCGACGACAAGCUUCAAAGUGUCGGUGGGGAUAUUGAUGCUUAUGUCGGAGUGAUUAUAUCCGACUUGAUCAAGGCGAUGGAUCUGCAGACUAUUCAGUAG